CCUCCCGCCUCCGACGGAAAGAGGAAUGCAGCGCGAGCUUCAGACUGGACAGCCGGAAUCAGCGCAGAUUCGCCGCCACGCGCACCAGAGAGAGAGAGAGACGCGGAAAAAUCCAGCAGACACUUCGGAAAGGAUCUUCCAAAAGAAACUACCGCCGUCGGCAACAUGGGAGGCAAACUGAGCAAGAAGAAGAAGGGAUACAAUGUGAAUGAUGAGAAGGCAAAAGAAAAGGAUGCCAAAACAGAGGGAGCAUCAGCAGAGGAGAAUGAUGCUUCUAAAGACAACAAGGAGGAAGCACCAACUGCCACGGAAACCACCGAGACAGCCAAUGACACGGCGGCAGCCACCAAAGAAGCAACGCCUGUUGCGGAUAGCAGUGCAACCGUGCCAAAAGAAGAGGAGAAGGGUGCUGCUCCAGCGGCCAAGGAAGAGAAAUCAGCAGCUAGCACCACCUCAACUUCUAAUGCCAAGAGCGCCGACUCCGCCAAAGCGGAACCCGCCAAGAGUCCUGAGGCCCCGCCCACCAAGGCAGAAGAAAAACCUGCCUCUGCUCCAGCACCGGCCAAUGAGAAAGAACCAGCGAAAGAUACCACCCCAGCUCUCAAAGAGUCUGCCGCAGCUAAGGAUCCUGCCUCUGCGACGGAGAGCAAGGCAGACGCUGAGGCCAAAAAGACUGAAGCUCCACCUGCCAAAGGGUCCGCUUCUGCACAGCCUGUAACCACGGAGACCAGCCCUGCCCCCAGUAAGGAGCAGACAGUUGCUGUGCAAGAUUAACGAACAGAGGCAAACAAACCAAUAAGGAGAAAAAUAAUUAAUAAAAAAAAUACGAUCAGAUUAAAUUAGUGAAACUAGCCCUUCUUAAAUUACAAACACUAUAAUAUUGAUCAAUGUAAUGAUAAUAAUAUUGACUUUGACAACAUUAGUCAACAUCUUUACUGGCAGUGGGUUUUUUAAUAGAGCAGUGAGCAAUUAUGAAGUGGUAAUAAAGUUGUAUAGGUAAAAUAUGAGCUAAAACGAUGACGAUGAUGAUGAAGCUAAAUUUGGAGCUGUUGAUUUCUAUUGUCACAGUUAUUAUUGUUAUUUCAACACUCACACAAGACUGAAUCUACCACCAGCCCCCAAAUCUAACUCUUAAUGUCUCUCUCACUCUUAAUGUCUCUCUCUCUCUCUCUCUCUCUCUCUCUCUCUUGCUACCUGUGUCACUCUCUCCAUUCAACCCUCUAUUUAAUGGAGGGCUCAAAAGAAAGAGUGUAACUGGCUUUUUUGCAGGCCACACACACCGUUCUCACCAUUGCUCUCUUUCCAAGAAGAGUGUGACUGAUGUGUGCGAGUGUGUCUGUCUGGUGGUCUUGCAUUCUAUUGGGUAUCUUCUCUUUGCUGCUGUCUGGUUUGUGCUUUGGUCAUUUGCAGUGGUUGACGUUGUGUUUUGGCCUUUGUUCUCUAGUCUUUCCUGACCUUUCAAUGCCUUUCAUUGAUAUCCUUUGUAUUGAUGGAAUUAAAAAGAAAAAAAAAACAGUGUGCAGCACAAUGUAAUAUAUGCACACACACACACACACACACACACACACACACACACACACUACAGAGAUAGAGAGAGUGAGAGAGAGAGUCUGUGCUAAAAGGUGUUGAUGCAUUAAAACAUGUGUACACAUUCACAGUGUUUGUUUAAAUCUCCAUCGGUAUUAUAUGUACAAUAGAAUCCUGUGUGUGUAUAUGUGUGUGUGUAUGUGUGUGUGUGUGUGUGUGAAACAGAGAGUUUAGCUGGCCAUGCCUGAGGACCCAGUCUGCCAGUCUGCCUUCUUAAUGAUUAAGCAGCAGUUGACAUGGUGUCUAUGCAUGACAGGAGAGAGAGUGAAGGAAUGAAUAUAAAGGCGAGAGUACGAGAUAAAGAGGGAUUUGGAAGUGUGAAUCACAGACGUUUAGGCGUUUACUAGACUAUAUCAUUUCUCUCAAUGCAAUGUGACCUGGAUUUGAGUGUGUGUGUGUGUGUGUUGUAACAGACUUCUUGCAUGUCAGUUGUUGAGUGGCCCUGUAGUGUAUUUUGGUUGCUGUGGAAACAAUGUUGACAAUAAUCUAUUACUCUAUUUCAUUAAAAAAAAAAACAUGCACGAACACACCAACAGACUCUCUCUCUCUCUCUCUCUCUCUCUCGCUCUCUCUUGCUCUCUCUUUUCUUUGUCUCUUUCUCUCUUAACGUCCCUUGCCAAAAUGAAACAGAACAUAAGCUGGAUGAUUUGAAAUUAUAUGUUCUUGUAUAGAUGGAGAAACUAAUAAAAUGUAAGAAACUGAUUGAAA